GGAGCCGCAGUGGCCUCCGAGGGCGGGGUGGAGGCGGAGGCCGCGGCUGCCGCGGCGCUGCGGUCGCUGCCGCCCGGGCUGCUCAACACCGGCUACUACGCCCGCUUUUUCACGGAGAUCCGCUCCCUCGGCGUUGGCAGCUUCGGGGCGGUGUUCUUAUGCCGCCACGUGCUGGACGACCUGGUGCUCGGUGACUACGCCGUCAAGAAGGUCCCGGUGGGCGACAACAAGACCUGGCUGCGCGAUAUGAUCCGGGAGGUCAAGAUGUUCGAGCGCUUGCACCACCCGAACAUUGUGGAGUGCCGCGCUCACGCCGGGGGGCAGGCAGGGCG